GUGACGUCAUCUCCGGGCGCCGGGAGCAGCUGGGCCCGACGGCCGGCGGGAUGAGCGCGGAGGACGAGCUGAGCCUGCUGGUCAUCGUCAUUGACACCAACCCCCUCUGGUGGGGACAGAAGGCGCUGGGAGAAGCCGAGCAGUUCACCCUAUCGAAAUGCAUCGAUGCAGUGAUGGUACUGGGAAAUUCACACUUAUUUAUGAAUCGCACCAACAGGCUUGCUGUAAUAGCAAGUCACACACAAGAAAGCCGUUUCUUGUACCCUGGGAAGCGCUGGGCUUGUUCAGAUGUCUUUGGAGAUGGUGGUAGUGCCAUGGAAUCGAAUUGCUCUGGCAGCAAGGAUGGAAAAUAUGAAUUGUUAACAGCAAUAAAUGAUGCAAUUGCAGAAGAGAUUAAAGACCUCAUGACAAAAACUGACAACAUGAGGGGCCAGCAGACAGAAACUCUGUUAGCAGGUUCACUUGCUAAAGCACUUUGUUAUAUCAACAAGAUGAACAAAGAGGUAAAAGCCAAUCAAGAAAUGAAAUCAAGGAUUUUGGUUAUAAAAGCAGCAGAAGACAGUGCGUUGCAGUAUAUGAAUUUCAUGAAUGUGAUCUUUGCAGCGCAGAAACAGAGUAUUUUGAUUGAUGCCUGUGUUUUGGACUCUGAUUCAGGUCUUCUACAACAGGCUUGUGACAUUACGGGUGGCAUAUAUUUGAAAGUGCCCCACAUGCCGUCUCUUCUGCAGUAUUUGUUGUGGGUAUUCCUCCCUGAUCAAGAGCAAAGAUCACAGCUUGUCCUUCCACCUCCUGUUCAUGUGGACUAUAGAGCUGCUUGCUUCUGUCAUCGAAAUCUCAUUGAAAUUGGUUACGUGUGUUCUGUGUGCUUGUCAAUAUUCUGCAACUUCAGUCCUAUUUGUAGCACAUGCGAAACUGCUUUCAAAAUAUCAUUGCCACCUGUCAUGAAAGCUAAGAAGAAGAAAUUAAAGUUAGCUGUGUAACAACUUGAUAUAAAUACAGCAUUACCUCCUCCAGUAAUUCCAUGAAAUGGAACCUACUUGAGAAAUUGAUGGCAUUUUUUAUUGGAUGAAAGAGAAUUGUAUGCAGUGUUAUUACUUGUUUCUUAAGGGAUAAAUAUUUGGGUCCUAUGUCUUUUACACAGCCCUUUAAGUAACAAGUCACUGUGUUACCAUGUAACCUGCGCUGGUUUUAAUACUAAUUGGUAAUUGUGAGAGCAACCAGAAGUUACAGCCUGUUGAGACUCUCGCUGUGAAGUAGGAGGUAUUCUGGCCACUGCAAAGUUUCAGGCUGUGAAGUUAUUUUCAAAGACAAGAAAGCUCUGAUUCUUUUUGUAUGUUGCUGUAAAGGUAAGAAUGACCAUUUCUAGUGUGUAGGAUCUGAACCUUAGCACUAUGUUAUUCAGGGACUUCAACUUCUUUCUAGCUUUUGCUAGCAAGUUUUGGACUGAAACACCAUCUGUUUCAAAAUAAAUGAGCCAACAUAGCUUAGAACCCACCUUUUUUAUUUUAAAAAAGAUGCUAAUUGGCCUGUGUGUGUACUCACAUGUAUUCGUAUUCCUUUGACUGUCUUUGUGGUAUUUCUUUCUCAAUUGGAUAUCUCUUCAUUCACAAAUAAAAAGCCCCCUGUGUGUUUAAAAUAACUUCAGUAAGUGGAGACUAGCUCGUUAGUCUUUUAAGGUUAUAUUUUGAAACUGGAAAACAAAAAAAUGUAAUUAUGUGUAAUAUGACAGCAGGCACGGGGGUUUUUUAGAAUGUAUUUUUAUGCCUGGCAUUUGAGGAGUAAAACUGAAGGCUUUCAGAUUGGUGUUUUUUAUGGCAGAACAAGCAGUGUGCUUCUCCACAUGCCUUUUGUCUAAACAAACAUCUUCCCCUUGUAAGAAGUACCUGUAUAGUUUGGUGUUUUAACCCGUUGUUAAUAACUGAUGUUCUCCUGAAAGGAGCAAAGAGCUUAGUUGUUUCCUACAUAGCAAAAGAUUUAAUUUUUCCCUUCAAGAUGUGCGUACAUCAGUUUGUCAGGCCUUGGCCCUUGUGCUGGGGCUUGGUGUGGUACCAGCCGCAGGGCCUGUCCCAUGGCCCGGAGCCGCUCUGGUGGAAAGCUGUAUUUGUAAUUUACUUUGUAUAAAACAUUUGUAAUAAAACCUGCGCUUUUUCAA